AUGCGCGCCGACGUGGAAUCCGGCAACCACGAUCCCCCCACCACCGCCUUAACCAAGUUCACCGACGCCGCCGAUGGCGGCGUCCCGAUCUUGCGCUGGGUGGAGAUGAAAAUCCCCAGAUCCCAAAUCAUCAGAAUCAUAGGACCCAGCGGAAGCGGGAUAUCGACACUUCUCAGAUUCUUAAACCGCCUUUGGGAGCCAACGCGAGGCACCGUGUUCCUCGACGGCCUCGACAUCAGCGAAAUCGACGUCGUGUCCCUCCGCCAGAAAGUCGCGAUGCUGUUCCAGCUCCCGACGCUGUUCCAAGGCACGAUCGCCAACAACGUCUGGUACGGCCCCCGACUGAGAGGGGAAACGCUGUCGAACAAGCAGGUCUACAAGCUCCUUUCCAUUUUAGGGAUUCGACGACUUAGAUGGUGGUGGAGAUGGGGAUUUACAGCCGGAGCAAAUUCCCCUUGUUACCAUGCCGUCAUCGUUCGGGCCUUCACUCCGAUCUGGAAUGAAGUGGUGGUCGCCGCCGCCGACGUCGGCAGGCAGCACGACAUCAUUUGGAGGGUUAAUUGCACCGGUUGUCAUUUAAGUCUACUAUUUGGAGGGACAUCAAUCAUAUUAUUUAUUUUUAUAAUUUAA